CCCCCCCGCGACCUCCUCCCUCCCGCGGGCGGCGCUCGGCGGGCCCGCAGAGGGGGCUCCCUGGGCCGGGGCGGGACGGGACGGCCCCGGGCGGCACCUGCCCCUUCCCGGCGCGGCGCGGUCGCCGCCCGAUACACUCCACCCAUCCGCGACUACUUGUGCGCCCCUCGACGAGACGCCUCCAUUUCGCCUGUCGGGCAGGGCGAGGAGCGGGCGGCCAUGUCGCGGUCCCACGGCGCGGCGGUGCGGCUGCUGGCGCUGCUGAUCUGUUUCAAUUGUGGAAAUGGACUCUAUGUGAAGGUUUAUAAUCGAAAUGGCGUGAGUGGCCUGUUGUCUCAUCCUGGUGGCCUGGUCAGACAGAAGCGAGAAUGGACAGUCCCUCCAGCUUUCAUACGGGAAGAGGAGGACAAUUCCUAUAAGAAUCCAAUCGCUAGAAUACAUUCUGAUCUUGAAGAUACAGGGGUGGUGGUGACUUACACGAUAUCUGGUCAAGGAGUAACAGAACCCCCCUAUGGAUUAUUUGUUAUCAAUGGAAAGACUGGAGAUUUGAACAUAACAGGAGUGGUUGACAGAGAAAAGACUCCAAUGCUGCUUCUCAGAGGUCAUGCACUGGAUAAGACUGGUGCAAAACUGGAAGAGCCAAUAGACCUCCCAAUUAAAAUUGUGGAUAUAAACGACAAUUUUCCAGUGUUUUCCAGUGAAGUUUUUGUUGGUUCAGUUGAAGAAUUAAGUGAAACAGGUACACUUGUAAUGCGGAUAAAUGCAACAGAUGCAGAUGAACCAAAUAACUUGAACUCCAAAAUUGCUUUCAGGAUAAUUUCCCAAAGCCCUAGCGCUGCAUUCAGUAUGGAUAAGAAUACUGGCGAGGUUCGAGUAGCAAAAAUAAACCUUGACAGAGAGACACACAGUAGCUAUUCUUUGGUGGUGGAAGCAAAAGACCGUGGUGGUGAAUCAGGUGGGAAUGCUGCAACAUGUUCUUUAGAUGUCAAGAUUCUGGAUGUCAAUGACAAUCUGCCUGUGCUUGAAAGUCACGCGUUUGAAGGAAGUAUUGAAGAAAACAGAGCCAAUGUGGAAAUUCUGAGAAUGAAAGUAUUUGAUAAAGAUGAAGAAUUUUCUGAUAACUGGCUGGCAAAAUUUGCAUUUGUUUCUGGUAAUGAAGAUGGCUAUUUCCGUAUAGUAACAGAUGAAAAAACAAAUGAAGGAAUUUUGACUGUUGUGAAGGAACUGGAUUAUGAAAAAAUGCAAAGCCUAAACUUGGGCAUUGUUGUAACAAACAAAGCCGAGUUCCACAAGUCAAUUAAACGCAGUUACAAAGCACAAACAAUUCCAAUCAAAAUUAAUGUGAUUAACGUGCGGGAAGGCCCCGUAUUCCCUGGUGGCACAAAAAUUAUUGAAGCAAGUGAGAAACUGCAGAUAGGACAGGUUAUUGGACAGUAUCAAGCCUAUGAUGAAGACUCCAAGAGAACAGCAGAGAACAUUAUGUACCUGAAAGGAAGAGAUGCAGCAAACUGGAUCACGAUAGACUCAGUCACAGGUGAAAUCCGACUUGCCAAAAACCUUGAUUACGAAUCACAGUAUGUAGUAAACGGUACCUACACUAUCACCAUGUUGGGUGUAACUACCGAUUCUCCUAGGAAAACGAUCACGGGAACAGUUGCUAUUGAAGUUAAAGACGAGAAUGAUAACUGCCCAGUUAUUGUGAACCCUGUGCAGACUGUGUGUUCAGAUGCAAAAUUAGUUGAUGUUACAGCUAAUGAUUUGGAUGGUUACCCAUACAGUGAUCCCUUCAGCUUUACUGUCAUUGAUGAGCCAGAAGGGACAGCAAAAAAUUGGAUAAUUGCAUCCAGAAAUGGCACCAGCAUCCAGCUGGUACCACAAAACUUGAAGCCAGGAACAGCUCAAGUUCCCAUCCUAAUACAGGAUUUCCAAGGGUUCAGCUGUGCUCAGACACAGUCUCUGCAACUGACUGUUUGUGAGUGUGCAAACAAUGGCGUUUGCAGAGAGAGAUUUAUUGGCGCCAAGUCAGUGGGCCUGGGACCGGCAGCGAUUGCGCUGAUCAUCUUGGCCUUUUUACUUCUGCUGCUUGUCCCUCUGUUACUGCUGCUGUGUCCCGGCGGCGUCUCAGGAGCGAAGACGUUUGCCGCUAUACCAGACACCAGCGAAGCCAUGUUGCGUCAGUGGAACAGCGAAGGAGCAGCUCCCCAGGAGAAGGCAUUGCUAAGCUUCAUUCCACCCACUACACUGGGGAACCUGAGAGGAGCGACCAGCGGAGCAACAACAGCAGCAGCAGCAGCAGCAGCAGGAAUGAGUGGAGAGGGAGGCAGCUCUGCCUCACACUUGAGGGAGCAUCGCAGCACCAUUACCAAGGAAGGAUGGGAAGAACAAAGACAUCUCAUUUCUGAUGCUGGGUAUGGAGCCAUGGCAGCUGGAGGGGCUGAAGGCACAGCAAGUGUAGAAGGCAAGACAGUGCUGGCUGGAGGAGGAGUCACAAUGGGAGCGGCAGGAGCCAUGAAUGAAGAAUUUUUAAGAGACUACUUCAGUGAUAAAGCUGUCUCCUUUGCGGAUGAAGAUGAAGCCCAAGCUGCAAACGACUGUCUCCUGGUUUAUUCCCAGGGAGAGUCAGGCUCCCCCCAUGGCUCUGUCGGCUGCUGUAGCUUUAUUGAGGGUGAUCUUGAUGACCAUUUCCUUGAUGAUUUAGGAGACAAAUUUAAGACUCUGGCAGAAAUAUGCAUAGGCAGACACAUCAACAUGAAAGACGGUAGUUCCAGGAAUGAGUCAGGCUUUGGUCUUAAUGACACAAAGUCACGAUCCUUAGAUCAGCAAAAUGCUCCCAGCUCUGAACAAGCCUUUGCCUCGGGCAACCGCUUCCAGGCCAGUGCAGGCAGUGGUGCGGGAGAAGGCACCCUGUCCCAGGAGGUGGUCACAGAAACGACCUUCGCGUCUCACGCUGGGCAGCAUGAUGCCGGGCCUCUUCCCACAGCCCAUGCAGAGACCAAUUUCACCGUGACAGGAACAUCCUAUUCCACGGGAGCUCCGGCCCGCUCAGCCACCCUCUUUCCAGAGCCUCAGUUUAAGGAGAACAUCGUGGUGACAGAGAGAGUGCUGGCACCCGCCUCGAGCUUGCAGGGUAUGGUGGAAAUCCCCAGUUUGACACACGGAAGCAAUAUGGUGGUUACAGAGAGGAUGGUGAAGUCAGAGGGUGCUGGGCCGGGAGCCCUGACGGUUCAGGAUCUGCCUGACUCCCAGUAUGUUGUGGUGAGGGAGCGGGAGAGGUUGCUGGUGCCCGCUGCAGAGCAGGCCUCGCGUGGCUUCCCUGCCUUGGCAGCAAAUGGAAGGUUGAUGGCAGCUGAACAGGCGGCAGGGACCGGCCCAGGAAGGCAAGAGCAUGUGUUGAUCACAGACUCCCUGCCUAACCAGGUAGGCUCCAGCUUGGAAGGGCCACCUCCUGCCAGCGCCACACUGAGCAAGUCUUCCAGGGUCACCAAGUACAGCACAGUGCAGUACACUCGCUCAUAGCCUGACUGUUUGUUGGGGUUGUGGUGUCUGGCACCCUCGUGUCUGCCUGCUUCAGGCUUUUUUCUGAGACCCAAAGUUGCUGGAGCUUUCAGAAUGACUGGGACUUGCUUGCAGGAGUUGGUAUGAAUAAGGAUUAUGACCAGCUUGUGAGGGAAUCUGCCAUUGUUGUUACUUAACAUUGGCAGCGAUGCUUUUGAAGUGGAGAGAUGUGGGAAAUACUUUACUUUUUCCUUGUUUGCUAUUCUUGUAAUUGCUUUUUAUUGUUCAGUUAAUGUAAUAAUACUGCAUAACCACGGUUGCAUAAUUAUGGGAAAGCAGAAAAAAAAGAUCUACAAUGCAGUGAUGGAUAGUAGCUUGCAAAGCACAAGUUGGGUUUCUAAACAGCUGUUUAGCAUAUCUGCUGAAGUCCCCCAAAGGAGCAGCAGUUUCUCACUGCAUGUUGGCCAUCUGUUACUUCGUGAGCAAGGGCAGCUCCUCCUGAGUUGCAGCUGUAGAUCUGUGCACCUUAGUGAAUUGCUAAGAAAUCUCUUGUUCCUGGGAAGCGCAGGCCACCAAAGCUCGUACGUCCUCAGGGCAGUGGUGUGUUGGUCUCCUGGAGGGAUGUCACAACGUGGGGUUAUCAGCAUUUGUACCUUAAGCAAUCAAUACUUGCAUAUUAGCACAGGGGUUAAAGAGAGCAAGUAGCAAAAAAGCCAAGAACUGCAAUUUUUUUGGUACCUGGAUGACAAAAUUCCAUUACCUGAUGUGGAUCUAGGCUGACAUGGGCAAAUAAGCACCUGUGUCGUACAGAGUUUUCCCUGGCUCCUAAUUGUUCCUUUAAAAAUGUUUGAGAAAAGCCAAAACUUACCUUAGCUUUAGAGCCAGAGAUUCAGUCAGUGGCUUUGCCACCAGAGUUUCUGGCCUUUAGACACCUGUAGGAUUAAUUCCGUCUGUGAAAUCACAGAUCCAGGACAGAAAUGCAGCCUGAUGUGUGUGUGCAUGAGGCUUUGUUGGCUCCAGUACCAGAGCUUGAGUGGCCUCUGUAGUGCGUUAUUAUGGCAGCUUUCCUCAGCUCUGACAAAACAAGGGAAAGCUCCUUGCAAGUCUGCAACACUUCAGAUUAUUUUUCUUCCCAUGAAGUUUGUGUGGUAAAAGCACAUCCAUUGGAAGACAGUACUGCACUGUUUGGCACUAUGUAUAUAUGCACAUGUAAAUAUUUAUAUGCAGUUUGAAGCAUUUUAAAGUGAAUUUUAUAAAGGAAAAACUAGAAAACACUCCUAGUGUUUUCUUAGAGUAGAAGUAUUUUUAGAUUAGGUAUUGGUACUGUGCUUAUCUCAUAGCUGUAAAAGCAGCAAGCUGGUCAUACGGUACUGCAAAGCCCAUGCACCUGCAGAGCUUUCUGGCUGUCUCCAUCUCUCGUGGAGUUUUCCUGCAGCUGCAGUGUUAUGUUUUCCACUGAUAGGUUUUGCCUUAGACUAGAAAUGCUUCUGAUGUAUUUGAUUUUACUGGUAAGGAUGUAGAAGUUGAUUCAAAACCAUAAACAUAAAAAGUAGGAGCCAUGGCUACACUCAACAGGGUACAUCUUGACAGAUGAGCCAUUGCGUUAAGUGGAGGAGUACUUCCAAGCACAUCAAACUACUUGCUUGUUUGGAGCUGUUGGUUAUUUAUGUCUUAAAUUUCUCUUUUAAAGUACAUGUAUUUACUUCUAAGCAAGCAUGCAGUUUUAAGUCAUCACUUUUUCCCACAGUAUGAGGGAAUGAGCUUACUUCUGACUUUGCAUUUCUGUGGUCUUAUGCAAUCUUGAAAUAAAGAACUCUACUGUACGGUUA